UCUCUCCCCCUUUUGCCAAUCAACUGAAACUCGUUGAGCCAUCUGGAAUGAUUAUCGCACCCCUGACAGUGCAUGCAAUCGUGCAUUCUGAUUAUGAUGAUACAUCCGAAAAGGUUCCCGCACUGAGAUGCGAAAUGGAUUAUAACCAGGCUUGUGUAACCGUAUGGGAUGACACUGUCCAAGAUAAAGAUAAACAGCGGUAUCGUUUUUCUACUCUCUCUACGUCAAGAGGACAGACGGCUCUAUAUAGGAAAGAGGUGGACGCAACGGUUGAAAUGGCCAUGAGUGGAUAUAAUGCAGCAAUCAUUCUGAUGAGUAUGGGCAAGGAUUAUGUUCAUCAACAGCGAUUGGAAACGGUGCGCUAUCUGUUAACCAAGCUGGAUAAUGCUCUUGACGACAAAAACAAAAAAUGGGAACAACAGCAGGGGCGCCGGAUAGUGAUCGAUUACGUAUGGCUAGAAAUGGAUGAUGAUACGUGCUGCGAUAUCUCACGUCAACGAACAAUGAAGAAUGGUCACGCAAUAGCCAGUGGAACUGAUCGUUUGAUGCUGCGCGUAAAUAAGGCGCAGAUAAUAUACAACCAUAUAAAACCCGAAUCGAAUAUGCCUCAGAUAUUGCGCAUACGAUUAUCCGAUGACACUGCAUUUCUGGCGAAUAUUAUGCUUGCGGAUAUGCGACCAGUUCGGUUCCGAUCGAUGAUGGAUGAAAUCAACGUGCACCAGUCAUUUACUGUUCUCCAACACGCACUUCGUCAAAUGAUCGACCCACCACUUGCAAACGAGCUGGAAGUAGGGAAAUCCGUUCUGGCUAAUGAGCUCUUGGAAUAUGUGUGUGGGCGUCAUAAAACGACAGCCAUUAUUCAUCUUCAGCAAUACCCUACUGACUCCAAGGCGGAUAUCCUGGAGGUCCUCGAUUUCAGCCGCAUGCUUGCUCACAUCAGCUGUGUGUCGGUGCGCAAUAAAGCUGAUAUGCGAACUGAGUAUUACAAAGCACAUUUAAAUCUGUCGAAACAACAUUAUCGAGAGCAACGUGCGCUCUAUGUUCAUCUGCAAAAAAGCCUGCUCAAGGAACAGUUGAAAAACAGUAAAGUCACUUCGCCCAUGGACAAGUCAACACAAACACCGGCAGAAGUUUUGGACGCAAAUGAGAAUUCCAUCGAUUAUACAAACAUGUCCUAUGCAACCUUUCAGAAAACUCUGCAAGAACAUGAUGCUCUACGAGCCAAGCUGCGAUUGUCGAUUUUUCAGAAACAAAUUGCACUGACGAAGACAAGUACCACUGUCAAACAAGUUCUAGCAGAAAAUCAGCGACGAAUUGAGAGCAUCAACUCUAUCAUUGCAAAGCACCAAGACCAACGCUGUUCUACGACGGGUCAUCAAGAACCAUUCAACAAGGUACGCCAAGUUGACUCGCUUCGAAGUUGCAGCUGGACUAUUCUUAUCGGUUUUAUCAAUGCUUUGCCUGUAGUUCCAAACAAUUCAUUUUAUGAGAUCUACAAACAUUGAUAACAGAUCGACCGAUCCAAGGAAUAAAGCAUCGUAUAUUGACCCUACAAAAGCGUCCCAAAACAAUACACGGCCCGGAUUUAUACCUCGUGACAAAUACAGUGCAGACUUUGAGGCAAGCAAACAGAAACGAAGAAUUCUGACAGAGCUUCGCUGGUGUGUUUUCAUUGAUCGUUUUACCAACCAUCAUCCAUUAGGCAAAGGAAACCAGCCACAAGAUGAGAUUAAUGCGUCUGAAACGUUGGGCUAGCCGAAUGGAGGUACGAUCCUAUCGAUGUGGAGCCCAAAGUCAAAUUAAGAACAGAGAACAACUUUUUUAGAUGAAAAGAGAAGAAGAAGCG